UGAAUGCUAGAUCUCUCUUUCUCCGCCCGCCCUUCUCCCCUCUUUAAAUACCCACUCACCAAUCUACCUCUCUUCUACCACAAACCUACGCACAUCCUCACCAACCUCUCUCUCCUUCUCUCUCUCUCUCUCUCUGCAAUGGCAGAGGCUCCAGUUUCUCCACACCACACGUCUCCAAUUGUGUGUGUCAUGGACGCCUCCAGCACCCUCGGCUCCACUCUCGUCGGCAAGCUCCUCCUAAGAGGCUAUACGGUCCAUGCUGCGGUCCAAAACCAUGGUGAAGUUCAACUGUUGAAUGGGCUUUCUUGUGAUACCCAGAAGCUGAAGAUCUUUCACUCUGAUCCCUUCGACUACCAGAGCAUAAUGGACGCGCUCAAGGGCUGCUCCGGCUUGUUUUACACCUUCGAGCCUCCCCAUGACCAGACUUCCUAUGAUGAACUAAUGGCAGACGUGGAAGUGAGAGCAGCCCACAAUGUAAUUGAAGCAUGCUCACAAACAGAGACAAUAGAGAAAGUAGUUUUCACAUCAUCAGUAACAGCAGUCGUUUGGAGGGAUGAUCGUAAAUCAAUACCAUCCGAUUUGGACGAGACACAUUGGACGGACAUCAAUUUUUCUCGUAAAUUCAAGUUGUGGCAUGCGAUGUCGAAGGCGCUGGCAGAGAAGAGUGCAUGGGCCUUGGCCAUGGACAGGGGAGUUCAUAUGGUGUCCGUCAAUGCAGGAUUGUUGAUGGCUCCUGAUCUCACCAUCACUCAUCCCUAUUUAAAAGGAGCGGCUGAGAUGUACGAAGAUGGCGUUUUCGUGACCGUUAGUGUUGACUUCUUGGUGGAUGCCCACAUCUGCGUCUUCGAGGAUGUCUCAUCCUACGGUCGAUAUUUGUGCUUCAACCAUAUCAUCAAUAACAAUGAAGAUGCCCUUAAGCUUGCCAAAACGUUGGCUCCAUCUGCUCCUUCACCACCUCAGAGCUGCGACCAGGAUAUGAAGAUGAUCCAGCAGAGAAUAAGCAACAAGAAGCUGAACAAACUGAUGGUCAAUUUCGCGGGUGGGCCCAAGGACAGGAUGGAGACGAUCGGAAAAACCAACGGUGAUGCGAGUUUACACGUCACCAGCAGCAUAUCAUUUUGAGAAAGCAAAAAUGAGGAAGAUGCUUUUGUAUGCAGUGAAAAUCCCCUCUUUCUAUGGAGAAUAAAUCUUGUACAUAUGGUAUUGUAUUUAUUGAUUUCAAUUAAUUCCCAUGAAAGUCCCCACGUGGCAACUAUCACCAGGCUGGGAUAUGAAAAAGUCAACGUCGAAAGACACAGCUGGGGUGAGACAAUAAGAAACAUUUAAGACAGCCAUGUGCGAUAUGAAGGGGAGUGGGAAUUUGGUGAAAUUCUUUUUAGGUAUAAUAUAAUUGACUAUAAUUCAUUUACGCAUCCA